AUGAGGAUCACACUAUUUGCACUAGCCCUUCUCAUAGCCUUGAGCUCACAACCACCACUUCUUGGAGCAUCUAAUAAUGCUUCACCUCCAGAAGUUCUUGACACUUCAGCCAAAAUCCUAAGAGCUGAUUCAAAUUACUAUAUUGUCCCUUAUUGGCCACAACCCACAAAAUGUUUAACUAGUGGAGGCCUAGGUCUCACCAGCAUUGGCCAAACAUGCCCUCUUGAUGUUAUUCUUGUGAAUGAUAGAUAUCAUGGUCGUUUACCACUAUCAUUCACACCAAUUAACCCUAAAAAAGGCGUUAUUCGAGUCGACACUGAUCUCAACAUCAAAUUCGCCGCUAGAACAAGUUGUCCACACCAUUCUACGGCGUGGACACUUGAAUUUUUUGGCUCUAAUAAGGCGCCACAGUGGUUCGUCACAACUGGUGGCGCUCUUGGGAACCCGGGUUGGAAAACCAUGUACAAUUGGUUCAAGAUUGAGGAGUAUGAUGGGGCUUAUAAGUUGGUGCAUUGUCCAAGUUUCUUGCCUCACAAGCAUCUAUGCCAGAAUGUUGGUGUGGUUGUUGAUCGCAAUGGGAAUAAGCGUUUGGCUCUCACUCAUGUUCCACUCAAAGUCCAAUUCCAAAAAGCAUGA